AUGGCAGACCUCCCUCCUGACCGCAUCAGCAUGGAGCCACCCUUUACUAAUGUCGGUUUAGACGUGUUCGGCCCUUGGAAUGUAUCAGCACGCCGUACCCGUGGGGGCCAUGCUUACAGUAAAAGAUGGGCGGUAAUUUUCACAUGUCUAUCAGUGCGAGCCAUCCAUAUCGAACUGAUAGAGUCAAUGGACACAUCAAGCUUCAUUAACGCACUUCGCCGGUUCUUUGCCAUUCGAGGCCCGGCAAGGAUUAUACGAUCCGACUGCGGUACUAAUUUCACAGGAGCAUGCAGAGAGCUGAACAUGCUUGUGGUCUCUUCCAAAGAUCCCAGUGUGACAAAAUACCUCAGUGAUGAAGGUUGCAAAUGGAUCUUUAACCCACCUCAUUCAUCUCACAUGGGGGGAGCAUGGGAGAGGAUGAUCGGACUUUCAAGACGGAUUUUGGACUCCAUGCUUCCUCAAAUCAGCUCCUCGCAUCUGACUCACGAAAUGCUGUCAACUCUAAUGGCUGAAGUAUGUGCUAUUAUCAACGCAAGACCUCUUGUAUCCAUUUCUACUGACCCCGAGUCACCUCUUCUCCUCACUCCAACAAUGAUCCUCUCCCAAAAGGUGUGUACCCCAUCCGCACCUCCAGGAUCGUUCGAGAACGCUGAUCUGUAUCGGAAACAAUGGAAAAGAGUGCAGUAUCUUGCCAGCUUGUUUUGGGGAAGGUGGAGACGAGAAUACCUUGCUUCCCUUCAGCCUCGUAAGAAAUGGCAAGACAGCAAACCAAAUAUCAAAGAAGGAGACCUGGUCCUUCUGAAAGACGAUCAGGUAAAAAGGAACGAAUGGCCAAUGGCUCUGGUCACCAAAGCUAUCCCAGACUUAGAUGGCAAAGUCAGAAAACUGGAACUGAAAGUCACUAAGAGUGGUACUGUUAAAACAUUCUUACGACCUAUUACAGAGGUUAUCUUGCUUAUGUCUUAAACUACCCGGUGAACAUAUAUUCACUAACAAAAAAAAUUAAAAGUGGUAUUAUACUUCAUACCAGACGGGGAGUAUUAUGCCAUGUCUAACAAUACUUCUUCCUGCCCACUGGAGGGCGCUGUUUGACAUAGGUUGAGUUAAAAUCCAGUUCGACAAAACUUUAUUUGUUAUGCUUCAUAGCCUAAAAGCACGAAAAGCACAGCGGCCAUCUCGCAGCAGAGAGAUUGCGUGUUUCUUUCAUCUUCUUCCUUCUGUUGUGUAAAACCCUUAAGAAGCUUUGCUUUUUCACAAAAGAAUGUAACGGAGAUUGAACUACAUGAUUGCACUCAAGCAAAAGUAAAGAGAAAAUUUACUCAAUCAUCUGAGUGGUCAUUGAAGCUGAUCAGUCAUCUCCUUGCAAUGUUUGGCUAUCUGUAUAUGCAUGCUCGACACACACGCAUGCAGAGGACAGAAUAGUCUUAUUUUAAAAAUAUUUAAAAAUGUCUCAUUUUAAAAAACAAAUAUUGGGGACAGCAUUUUGCACCACUUCUGUAAUGACUCAUGUAGCACUGUGAGCAAAACGAAAGCUGUCUUAUAAGCUCAAACAAAAAAAACUCAAUGUCUCUUGGACAGACUUUAACAACGUCACUAAAGGUGUACAUAUUUCUGUGACUCAUUAUGUACAAGUUUCUAAAGUCUGACAUUUUAAAGCGGGAAAUUCGCAGCAGCUUCUCUUAUUUAAAGUAGCCUAUAAGGAUUAGAAAACUAAGGCUGUCAUGGGAAUCCAAAACGGAGGUGAGAAUUGUGUGCUUUUAAUCGCAGCAUCUUUUCAAACUCUUGUUAUAUGGGCACUUUGGCAUGAUGGCACAUUUUCUGUCCUGCUUUCUAUCCGCUAUAACGAUGUAUAGCCUACUCUAAAUAUAGCCUAGCCUAAUAAUGGAGUAAACUAUACACGCGUGCUA